AGGAGACGGUCGAGCCACGCCCAACUACCCAAUCCUACUGUACUUUUAAAGAUCAGCUAUCGGUAGCUAGCUACGUACGUAUACAUUACUAUGGCCGAAUCAACGAAAGGGAAUAGUGACAAGUUCAUCCUGGUAACUGGAGGGGCUGGUUAUGUGGGAAGUCAUACAGUAUUGGAGCUUCUCCAAGCUGGGGACUAUCAACCAGUCGUGGUGGACAAUCUUGGCAACUCCUCCACUGAGAGCAUUAGGAGGGUUGAGACUCUCACUGGAAAGAAAGUUGACGUUCACACAUUCGAUCUCUUAGAUCGUGUGAAGCUCAAGGAACUUUUUAUGAAAUACAAAUUUUACGCUGUUAUUCAUUUCGCUGGACUGAAAGCUGUCGGAGAAUCAGUGCGUCUACCUUUGCGUUACUAUCGUAUUAACAUUGAAAUUGCUCUCAAUCUGAUCGAGACAAUGGAAGAAUUCGAAGUUCGAAACUUCAUCUUUUCCUCAUCAGCGACUGUGUACGGUGACCCUCAAUACCUGCCCAUUGACGAGAAGCACCCCACUGGUAACUGCUCCAAUCCCUACGGCAAAACAAAAUACUUUGUUGAAGAGAUUCUCGCCGACUACCACAAAUCGAACACAGAUUGGAACAUUGUCCUACUGCGCUACUUUAACCCUGUUGGAGCCCACAAGUCGGGCAUGAUCGGAGAAGACCCUCGAGGUGUUCCAAACAACCUCAUGCCGUUUGUAUCUCAAGUAGCUGUUGGCACCAGACCGGAACUACUAGUGUUUGGAAGCGACUAUAACACACCUGAUGGGACUGGCGUGCGAGACUACAUCCAUAUCGUUGACCUUGCCCUAGGGCAUGUGGCAACACUGAGACAGAUCGACAGUAACUGUGGACUCAAGGUGUACAACCUCGGAACUGGGAAGGGAGUGUCAGUGAUGGAACUAGCCGAUGCCCUCGGGGAAACUGUGGGCAAGCCGAUACCACGGAAGAUUGUUGGACGAAGAGAGGGCGACAUAGCAACAUGCUAUGCUGAUCCAAGUCUGGCGGAGAGAGAGCUGCAAUGGAAGGCCACUCGAGACUUGGCCCAAAUGUGUGAGGAUACCUGGAGAUGGCAGAGCAACAACCCUCAAGGAUACAACAGCAAAGAAUAGUCUAACUGUUAUGAUUUUUAGGGUUUAGAUAUUUAUUGAAUAGCUGAUUAUCUGUAUGUAGGAUCGCUCCUGUCGAUCGAUCAUAAUUAUAUUUAAUAGAUUG